UACUAAAAUUUAUACUGAAUCCAUAAGGGUUUUUUAAGGAUAAAAACCUACCAAAAUAUCCUGGCUUCUGUAAGGUGAGGAUUCAGCAAACAGGAAACUGAGAUCCUGUUAGAAGAAAACUAAGGCUGUCUAGGCAGCUAAACUUCAGUGAGGUGAAUCGGUUUAUUUUUGUAUAAAUCAGGAUCUGGAUAAGGGCUUGGCUGUAGAAAGAAAAAAAUUAAUAGUAUUUGACAGGAAUAAUUUUAGGCAUAGGUUAGCAUAAGCUAAUGAUCAAAUAGUUAAAAGAAGAGGCAAAAUACAUUGUAGGAAAAAGAUGGCCUUAGAAUAGCAAAGGAUUACAGUUAACUUGAAGUGGAAAUAGUUUCUUUGGUUAUCAAAAUAUUAUUUCAUAUUUCUGAAGCCAAUAUGCUCCCAGGUUAGUACAGAAACAGAGGAAUGAUUAGAAAAUACCUCUUUGUUUUUCUGUAAGUCAAAAAAGCAUUAUCCCUGGCAUUUCUUGAUGCUGGGCUUUCUAGACAAAGUGUCUGACGUGUUCCUACAAAGUUGCUAGCAGGCAGUCAGGUCCACAGUCCCUUGCUGUUCAUUGUGCUCUGUGGUGAAAUUAAGCAUAGAAUCCUGCAAAACCUUAGUAAUCCUUACUGAAAGGAAUGGCCUUUCUGAUGGGCAGGCUGAAUCCAAGCCGUCCUUGCAACAAGGGUUCUGUAUGUUGUCUUUGAUUGUAGUUUUUCAUAUGGCUGCAUUUGCAGAAGUCAUCACCCUGCCACAAUGAAUGUGCCUUUAUUUUUUAAUUUGGACAACAAAAACAAUCCUGUUGUAAGUCACUGCCUUCUCUAUACACUGCCUGAUUUAACUUGCUUGAGCAAGUGUCCUAUUUUUCCUAAGUGUUUUGUUGGGCAUGUCAUUUAAGGAAUGGUGCUGAAACCAAAUGAUCUGUGCCAACUAAAAAUACAAGGUUUUUGUAACUAAUGUAACACAGUGGUAUAACAGACAUUCAGCAGUGCUCUAAGAAUUUGACUUUGUAUUUUAACCAUAAUUUUUAUGCUGGACAAUAUUAAGUGGUCACAGUUAAUAUAAGUGUUAACAGUUGUAUAAAUACAUAUAGAUCCAUCUGUAAUUUACAAAGAGUGUCAAUGUUGAUAUUUGUACAUUUUAAAAAGGAGAGGAAAAGGUAUUCUGACCUCUGUUUAUUUUUUUGAAAUACUGGGAAGCUAAAGGAGCUGCAUCAUAUUCAGUUUAACCGUGUCAUGGAGAAUAAGGUAAAUGAUCCAGAGUACUAAAAAAAGAUUUUCUUACCAGAUACAUGCAAGUCUACUCUUGCUGCCAUCCUGCUCUCACUGAGCCCAAAGGAAUCGGGUUCAGGUCUCCACAGUAUUAAAAACUAUUGUGUUCACUUGGUGUGUACCUAAGUCUGGAAAGAACUGUGAAAAUCAGGUUGUGAGGAAAAAAUGGCAGGAACAUAAAAUAAUUUAAAGAAAUAUCUGCAGGAAGAAUGAUCUUUAUGAGAAGUCAUUGCAGAACCAGAACAUCUGUGACAGGGAUCCUUUGACAAAUAUGCAGUGACACAGCUUUCAGAGUGGGAGGAUAGGAGAUGCAAGUAGAAAUAUUCUCAGUAUCUCUAUUAGUGAAGCAAAAAAUUAUUAUUCUUUAGAAACAAAAACCACUAAACAGAUUUCUGUGAAGCUGGGUAGGGGUGGAUCAUUCACUACAAGACUUCCUCUUGAAAUUUACAGUGCAUAGAAUCUACCUGGCAGCACACUUAAUGGCUUCAUUUGUAUGCGGUUAACUAGGUAACCUACUUUCCUCACACAAAAUAGAGCUGUCUUUGACUUGUAUCUGCUUGAUUCUGAAUUUGAGACUCAAAUGUGCAUACCCAGUUCUUGCUGAGACAUCACACAACGAUCACAGGGAGAAGCUAUGUGAGGUUAUGUGAUGUGCUGGUAUGUUUUACAGAAGACAAUGGAAUAAUACCCUGUAAAUACUUCCCACAGGCUGUAUUGCUUGUCUCUAUGAGCUGUCCCAUAUGUGGUAAUGAAUUAUCUGUAGUAGUAGGCGCAAAAUGAAGUAAUAAGAUUAUUGUUUGUGAAUAAUCUUCAAGAUGAGUAACUGCACGCAAAGUAGAUCCAUUUCAUUAAGAACAGUCAGUCUCAGAACUAACGACACUGAAGCAAACUGAACAGUAGUUCUAGGUCUUAGUGUCUGAUCACUCCUGCCCUUCUGAAUACACAAAAUGCAAUUUAAAAUACAAUAAAUAAAAUAUAAUAAUAAUAUAAUAAAUAAUACAAUAAAAAUCUACAAUUGUAAUUUUUAAAAAAACCAAGCAGGUAGCAAUAGUGUAAUAAUAAAUAGGUAAUUUCUGUUUUGUAUGCUUGGAGCCUUUUGGAAUGCUUUCUUGGGUUUGUAUGUAGAAACUGAACUCUGAACUUCCCCAUGUGGUUGUUACUUAGUCAGUCUUUGCCUUCAGUUCUUGCAUUGCUUUCUUAAUUUUCAUGUCCACUGUCUUUUAAUAGUAGUGGAACAUAAAGUAUUUGUAGGCAUUAAUCUUUAAAAUCUUCUAAUUUCAAAAAUUUCUUCAUUUUGACAGCAAGAAGUCAUUAUGAUAAAAGUGUUACUAGGAAUAAAACUUUGAAUUCAGGUUCAUCCACUCUUGUGAUGGAACCACUCCCUACAUGUAUAAGUGAAAAAAGUGAUGAUGAUAAUUCUUAAAAUAAGAUGUGUUACUAUAGUACACGAACUUUACAGCAAAGGAGUCUCACUAAGGGUACUUCUUUUAUCAUAUUAAACAUUGCAUAUUCCAGUCUUCUCUAAGGACUUGUGUAUCACUUCCCUCACUUUAAAAGAGAGAAGUAAACAGCAACCUCUCAGAGCCAUAAAACCACAGGACAUGACUCUGCUCAAAAAACCCUCAAGAGCCUGAAAUAUUUUGUAACAUGCAUAAAGUGUGUUCUCUGUGUGAGUUUUCCCAGAGAGUCUUUGAGAAUUUAUCUGUGUUCUGAAAUUCAAGUGAGACAUGUUCACAACAGUAGACUCUGUAUUUUCUGAUCAAAUGUUUGAUGAGCUUGUAAAAGAAGUCAAUCAGCCAUGAAUUUAUUCUUUAACAAGAAUGUUAAAAUAUCAUAUUUUAGCUGUAGAACCUGACAGUUCUAUGGUGUCAAACUCUAGAGACUUGACAAAAUGUGCUGGUAAUAUAUGCUUGUGGCUAAGUGUCUUAAUUGUUUUCUUCUCCUUGCUGCUGAGCUAGAGUAUGGAAAUUGAAGUGAUGUCCCAAGUAAAUCUGACAUUUUUGCAAAUAAUAAGUCAUAAAAAUUAUGAGAAGACCUUGAAAAUGAAAAUUCUGUAUUCACCUUGAUUCUAGCUCCUCUUGAGAGUAUUUCAGUAGUUCUAAUCCAAUAUAUUACCUGAUUAUUUCUAUAAUUGUAAGUAUUAAUGCAUAUACUUCAGCUGUCUUGAAUUAUGACUCACUGUAAAUAAACUAAUCUAUUUUGUCACAGUGGUUAUUGAAGAGCCGGUGCAUUAGCACUGCUCAGUUGGCAGUGAGUUUCUUUGAAAACAGUGCUACUGUUACUCUUCUCCUACACUUUCACCUCAGCUGGUAAAUGGAAGAAGAAACAAGUAGGUCUGCUGUCUUUAAGGGACAACUCUUAAUCAAAGUCACUGCUACUGGUCUAUUUUUAGGUUUCCCAGAUCUAAAGAUACAAUAUUAACCAUGCCAGAAUAAUAUUGCAUGUCAUCAGUGUAGGGUCAUGCAUUGAAGGUCCACAUUCCUUAAGGAAUGAAUGUGUUGAUCCUUUGGAAUCAGAAAUCAGAGAACUGUUUGAUUAUAGAUUUAGGGGACUGUAUUCAGACACCUGCUUAUGUCACAAGUAAUGCUGUGCAUGGCUUAGCUAAAACGUCAGAGGUUUCAAGGGUAUGUGAUCUUUAAGUCAUUUUUCCUGCGAAUUGGGAUUACCAGAAGCUGCAAAGUCUGUAUAAACAAGUAACUUGAAGAGUUCCACUAUUUCCAGGAACUGGAAAGGAAGAUGAGAAGGCAUGAGAUUAGUCCUGCAUGUUUCAGGUCUUCAUUUCUUUACGGAAAAGUGUCCUUCCUCAUUUACACUGGGGUGGGGUUGGUUUGUUGGUGGGUUGUUUUUUUUGGUGGGGUUUUUUUUUUUUUUCAUGUUAACAUGCAAUGCUGAGUAGAAAUUUGAUUUGGAUUGUGAAUUUAACAAUCAUGGAAACUUGACUUCAUUCCCUUUUGCUAAUCCCUCCUCUAGAGGCGCUUUUAAUGCAAAACCAGGAGAAACUAGUCAGCUGUUAUCAGCUGGGGCCACUUGGAAAAGUUUAUUUUUAAGCUGUAAUGAAGCUGUGUGCCAGAUGUCACGAUUACCACUCUUCUCAGCUGAUAAUUUGUUUAUUUACUUACAGGCAUGAAGGACUGCUGCAUACUUAGAGGCAAUGCUCACACCUUGAGUUUUCUAGUCCUUCAUUAGAUCUGAGUGUAGUAUGAACACUGUCCAGUACACAAUUUUCAGUUCAGUGAACAGCCACUGAACUUAAUAAUUUAAGUAUUGUUAUUAGAAAUUAAAUUAGUUGAUACUUUCAAGAGAAUUUUUAAUGCUUCCAGCUUGGUUCUUAAAAGUUGUUGUAAGCCUAUGUAAUGUGAAAUGUGAGGGCUGAAGGCUGGUCAGAGACUCAGUACAGCAUCUUAGGAUUCUCAGAGAAUUUCUGUUUGAGACUACAUGAGAAAUAAGCUCUACUGGUCCCAGGGAGUUGGAGGAAUGUUAAGAACCUAAUAACUUUGUAUCCUGAAGCAGGUCAGAGUCUUCCUGGCUGCUGCCCAGUCUAGAUGAAAUAGUUCAGCUGAGGUGAAUUGGAACCACUGACCUGCUGCAGACACACAUGUCUUCAGACUUGCUGUGUUUUGGCAGCUGUUUCAUUCUGGUCUAUCUGUGUGGAACAUCCUUGUAGCCUUAUCAGGCUAAUUUUCUAGCAAGGUCAGAAGUAGGUUUGUUUUGGUUUUUUUCCUUAUGAUAUACAAUUUUUUUUUUCCAUAGUGAAACCCAUUACAGAUGUCUUCUGCAAAUAUGAGCCCUAUGGUCAGAUGCUUCAGUUCUGUCUUGCUCUUGUUGCUUGCCAUGAUACAAUGUCCUAGGAGGAAUGUCUGAAAGAGAUAACAUAAAGAAGGAAACAUCUCACAAAAUCUGACUCCCUGUACUCCACAUUCCACAGAAGUGACAGCUCACCCUAACUGAACUCUAGUCUGUCAGAUGGGAAGCCCAUCCUUGCAUAAGAACACAGGGCUAAUUCCUGUGCAUCCUCAUAAGAGCCUUUUUCAUGUCAUUAAUAGUACAUGGUGCUCAAGUAUUUUUUUUUCUUCCCUCAAGUAAUGCUUCAUCUCCUUUGUCUCUUCGUCUUGUUUUCCAUUGUACAGAUGCCUGUGUAUGCACAAAAGCUCACCAAGUAUUAGUAUGUACUAUGUAUAUGUUUACAUAAACAUAUGCCUAGAGUAUUAUUUACACAUCACAUCUACUGUAGGCUGAUACAAAAUCAUAGUUUUCUUUGUGCUAAAGCAGUGUGUGUGUGAGAGGGCUGUUCUCAAAUGUAGAUGUCUGAAAUAUCCUGCUGCUGGGUUUUAGUUUGGUGGAAUGUCAAUUAGAAUUAAUUCUCCAAGUUUGGAGCUUUUGGACAUCUACUGUACUCUAGUGGACACAUUAUUUCAGCUACUGGAAGGAGCUUUGUAGUCUGUGAUUCUCAUUUGUAGAACAUUUUCUCAUUCUGCAUUUUCUCAGAUUAACAAACUUUACCAUAGUAUUUUUUCUUGUCACACUAAUUUGUAUGACAGGAAGGAAUUCAGUCUAACUCAUUAAACAGUCUUGUAGUUCCUCCAUUUUGAUUAAUCUUUUGCAAUGUUUAUUGGCUUUAUGAGAUGUAUUAGUCUUCUGUUCUGUAUAAAGAGAACAUUCCAUAUGAGUUAACUAAAUAACAGGAAUUCCCACUUUAUUCCUGCAAAAAUUUAGAUGUGGAUGCUGCCACUUUCUGAAAGAAGGUAUGAAGUGGUCCCCAGUAUUUUUUUACAAGGCUGUUCUGUUUUACACUGUUUACACUAUAACUGUUCACCAACUUGCCUUUAAAUAGAACAGUGAAAGUGUGUAGCCUCAGUAAGCAGCUGUACCAGAUGCAGCAAAACUCCCUUUGAUUUCUGUAUGUUUUCAGACAUCCCAAGAAAAUGUAGUGGAGUCAAAUCAACUUCACCUUCUGUAUCCCACAGUUGGUAUAAGUCACAUAAAUGGAAGAGUCUGUGUGCUUAUUUGACUUCCCAAAUUAGCGCUGCUAAUACUUCUGUUCACCCAAUUUAGACCAUGUUACGAGAUCAUUUAACAGUGAAACAUAAUUACUGGAUGUUGCUAGUGUAACUUUUCCAGUAAAGGGUAGAAGAUAGAAUGGUAAUGGAAAAAAAUUACCAUUUCUUAGUCUAAGGAAAGUAGCUCCAAACUUGUCUAAUAAGUAUCUAAUAGUGGAAAAGAAGAAAGGGCGCUGUCAAACUGUCACCUCUUGGGCUAUAACACAUGACCAGGUUAUGAUGUAAACUGUCUUGAGUAAAUGGAAUCUGUGAGAAAACCUUUUCUUCAGCUCAUCUUGUGCUGUCUUCAGGCAGCGUUGCAUCUGAAGCAGUGCUAUAAAACAGAAAGGAUCACAGCUACAUAUGUAUUUUCAGGAUGGUUUCCACUAAUACUGGUCUCAAAAGUAAGGGAGCUAAUGAUGAAAUGCUCCAAUAUGGAUAAGAACUUCCCCAUUCUAUUUUAAAAAGGGAUGGAAAGAUUGGACUUUUGUUCAACGUGACCUCGAGUUGAUAUUCCUGUCAGAUGGAACAAAGGGAAGUUGCUGGUAUCAAUGUUCUGAUUCUCUGUGAACUUUUAUAUUGCAAAAGCUGGUAGGGUUUAUUUAUGGUUUAGAAAGCUUGUUCUGAAGAAAAAAGCAGUUCUAUCAUUCCUACUUUGCCUUUUAAGUUUAGUUUUACUUUCUUGGAUAGACUGAGAAGUCUUAAAAAUAAAAUAACUGCUUAACAUAGGCUAGAACAAGAGGGCUGGAUUUGUAUUCAUUCACACUAAUCUAAUUAUUACUUUCUUUGAAUGCUCUGCUGUGAGUCAAAAUAAGCUAGUGCUGGAUUUGAAAACCACAGAAUGAGAAAAUGGUGCAAGGAGGAGCACUGGAUGGAGUCUACAGGCUGGUGCAGUUUCACAUUCACUGGGGAUCCUGUGAUGGCCAGGGAUCUGAGCACACUGUGGAUGGUGUGAAGUAUGAUGCAGAGCUCCAUAUUGUUCACUGGAAUGUAAAAUAUGGUAAAUUUGCUGAAGCUGUGAAGCAUCCUGAUGGUUUAGCUGUGGUCGGCAUCUUCAUGAAGGUGGGAAAUGCCAAGCCUGAGAUGCAGAAGGUUGUGGAUGCUCUGAGCUCCAUUCAAACCAAGGGAAAGCAAGCUUCCUUUACAAAUUUUGACCCCACUGGACUCCUUCCUGCAUGCAGAGACUACUGGACAUACCCUGGCUCACUGACAACUCCACCACUGCUUGAAUGUGUGAUCUGGCACGUUCUGAAGGAGCCCAUCACUGUGAGCCCUGAGCAGAUGUGCAAACUCCGUGGCCUUUGCUUCAAUGCUGAGAAUGAGCCCGUGUGCCACAUGGUGGACAACUGGCGCCCGUGUCAGCCCUUGAAGAGCAGAGAAGUCAGAGCCUCCUUCCAGUAACCUCAGUGCUGCAAGUGUUAGGAAUUGCUGUGUUUGUGAGGAGCCCCUUUUGCUAAGCCCAAAUCUCAAACUUUGCCAUGUGUGCCCAGGCAACAUCUUGUCUCCCAGAUCCAUUCCUUCUUUUGCUCUGCAUCUGAAAUGCCAGCUAUUGAAAUGUGAAAGGCUCUUGGCUGAAUGGGGAAGGGUUCUUAAGGUGUGGGGUUGGGGGAGGCAGGGGGUGGGUGGCUGUGUGCAUUUUGGUGACUAUUACUGCGACUGACACUUUGGUAUAAUAGUGAGUUGGCCACUUGGGAGAGGAUAUGGUGGUAGCAAAAUAAGCCAUUUUAAGGAACCUCAUCUACUGGUGUGAUAGUACACGUAACUAACGAUAACUUGAAGCUUUGUAAGAAGCACAGGAAUACAGAAUCUAGCUAUAAUUUAGAGAAAAAAGGUAUUUUGAGAAAGUUAAGCAAAAUGAAUAUUUAGAAUUAGACUUCUUAGAUUUUAAGAAACUGACAUGUAAAUAUUUUUGAGACUAUUUUGCAUUUUUACCCAUGCUGUCAACAGCCUUAGUUACGUCUUAAUGGUAGUGUUGGGUUUUUUAAUUAAAAUGUUCUAAAUUAAAUGUUAUCUUUAAAAUUUGUUAUUACCAUAGAAAUAAUGCAAACUAUCUUUUCAUUGAAAUAAUAUAUGUUCUAAUUUAAAAAGGAAAAUAAUAUUGUAUUUUAGAUAACUUCUCUAAUAAAUCUAUACUUCUA